AUGUCUCGUUGCAUGGCAAACGCGGCCGCAUUCUGGGUGCCUGAUGCACAAUGGUGGGCCAAGGCUAUUGCUGCUGGCGUGGACACGAGCCACAAUCCUCAUCAGCCGACAUUGCUCACGGCAGCCACGACCGUGCCCAGCCAACCAGACAGCCACAGCUUGUUUGCAGACGUCGUCGACUUGAUGAUGGGACGGAUUACUGCAGCCCCACCUCAAUCGGACGGCCACCCUUUCAUCUGGCAGCUCAUCUGGUCGGUGUUUGUGGUUGCCUACCCAAUUUUAGUCAUUGUCACUUCGGCAAUCAUUGUCGCAGUCCUCGUCUUGAGUUGGCGAAGAUUCCAGCAAGAGCGGCUAUUGCAGCAGCUCGCGCAAAUAUCCUUGCCACGUUACGAUCACAUUUUAACGCCCGCAUCUCCAACAACAGCAGCAACGGCAGCAGCAGCAGGAACGACAAAAUCCUCGACUACUGGGCCAGUGUCGUCUGCGUCUCUGGCACCGUCACGACCAAUCGAGGGUUCUCGUCGCGUGUCCUUUGAGACCGACCGGGACGGGCGCGCUGCUUCCCAGGGCAAUCCGAGCACGCGGUCGUCUCAGCUCACUCGAAACAGCUCUGCUCGAUUCGGCUCGUCGGCGACCAAUGCCUCGUCUUCGCCCUUGGCAGCCUUUGCUGGCUUGUUUCCGUCCUCCAAGUCGAAAUCAGCGCUGCCUGCUUCGGCCGAGAUGCUGGCAUCGACCAUGCCUUCCCCUCCGCCUUCCGCUACCUUGCCCCCAUCAUCCAGCAGCGCGUCUGCUUCUAACUCCACGGCAAGCAGCUCACAAGCAGCUGGCGAAGCAAUUUCCUUGAGUGCGCAUUCCAGUGGCGCCAGUAGUGCACCAUUACCAGCGUCAGCGGCUGCGCUCACCCAAAAUUCUCGAAAAAUCUCUCUCAUAUCGGAGGCAACGACAGCUGCCAGCGCGCCGUUUGUGUUUCUUCAGCAACAGAUUCAUCACAUUCGCAAGUCGACUGGCCGUCGGCUAUCUGGCAUGUCCAAAACGCGUAAACGCGCCGCGUCAGAUGUUGGCGAGCUGCUGGGCGCUGGCCGGUCGGCGAGCUUGCCCGUUUCUCGCAACGGCCAACCGGAUGGCAGCUUCGACUUGCCGCGGUCGUCCUCGCACGAUCUGCUGUCCGACUCGGGCACUCAGGCCACAACCACCUCAAGUGGUGCUGCUUCCGAGGACGAUAAUCUGCUCAGCAGCAGCGAUGCACUGGGUGAAGACGACGAGGCUGGUGGCGAGUCGGCAUUCUCGCCUGCGCAAGUUCCACGCAACGGCAGCGCCGAUUGGGUUGUUCUCGAUGAACAGUCGCGCACUAUUCCAUCGCCAACAGCGCAGGAAACUGGCAACCCCAACCCCGCUCUCCGCAAGAAAAAGUCGGUGAAACGCAAAAUCAGCAAGCUCAGCAGCAAACUGACCCAAUCGGUUCUUCACCCUUUCCGUCCUAAAGGCCAUAGUUCCUUCAGCAGCUCGGCAUCGGCCUCCCAAAUCCAUGCCUCGUCGUCCACGUCCACCUUCGAGACUACCCGUGCUUAA